CGCAAUAUCCGAAAUGCUUGCAAGUCCAGCAGCGUAGUUCCUGAGUUUGGCCCGCGUUCCCACUUUAUUGUGAAUUCGCGGAGCACACAGAUGAGCCACCGGCUGGUCGAUAUUGACCUAUUUGUCAAAGGCUGUCAUGAUCUGCCCAAGAUGGACUUUGUCGGCCAUGCGGACCCAUACUUUAUCUUGACGUUCAUGACGCCCGGCCAAGAGAAGGCGGCAUUCGAGUACCGCUCCCACGUGCACUACAACACAGGGCACCCGGUGUGGAAUGAGGAGAUAAACUUCACGCGUGUGCCAAUCGGCACAAAGGUGCACAUUCAGGUUAUGGACAAGGAUCACCUGACGGCGCACGACCCCGUGGGAGACUGCGAGCUGCUGCUGGAUGAAGACUUCCUGGAUCGGGCCAUGCUGGCCACCGCUAGCGCCGAGUCCGUGGCGGCAUCGGUGCCCGGCACGCCCGCAGCCGCCACGCCACGUGCCGCCUCGCCGCAGCGCUCCCGCCCGCCCUCCUCCCCAGGCAUCGCCCGCCACUCCACAGGCGCGGCGGGCAGCGACGCAGGCGCCGGCGGCGCCGGGGGCGGUGGCGGUGGCGGCACCCCCGGGCGCAUGUCGACCAGCGGCUUGGGUGACGCCGCCGCCUCUCAUCUGGACCGGCUCAGCCUGGGCGACGUCAGCAGCGCCGCCAGCAGUGCGGGGCUGCACGGCGACAGCGCAAUGGGGCGGGCGCCGGCGUUCCUGGGUCUGGAGCUGCAGCUGCCCCUGCGCGCCGACGCCUCGAUGCGGCGGCCCUCGGCCGGCACGUUGUCACUCGGGGUGGGCUGCCGGCCCUGCACCACGGGCUGCGGCUCCGGCCCCGGCGACCUGCUGCACCGCGGCCCCGUGCGCUACCGCACCGCCAGCUCCUGGGUGGCGGGGCGGCUGACGGGGCACACGGACGCCGACUCGGGCUGGCGCGCCUACGCCGCAUACAAGCUGAGGCUGGCGGGACUCAAUGAGUUCUUUCCCGACGGCGCGCAGCAGCCCUGGAACCGAGCCUACGACAAGGCGCAGCAGGUGUUCAACUCGAAGGCGCUCAGGGCGGCAGUGCACACGCAGCACAACAUGCUGUAUGCGGACAACGGCAAACAGAAGCGGCGCGGCGUGCUCCGCGGCGGCGGCGACCUGGUGGCCCUCCUGCGCGGCGGCGUGCGCAACGGCGCGCGGCGCUACUACACCUACUGCAUCAACGCCGACGGCUCGCUGUGCUUCAGUGAGACCGGCGCCAAGUUCUUCUCCGACUUCAUGUCCAAGCACGCCAUGCACGCCGACAUGGCGGACUGUGUGGUGUAUGCGGGCGAGUUCACCCUGGUGCCGCCCGGGCUGAUGCCGCCCGAGCUGCAGCAGUCGGUGCCGGCGGCAGCCGAGGCAGCCGAGGCAGCGGCAGGGGCGGCGGGGGCGGGGGCGGCAGCAGCAGCCGAGGCGCCGGCGGCGUCCACGCCGGCAGGGCGGAUAGACCCCACUGAGGCGGCGGCCGAUGCGGCGCUGGCGACGGCUGCGGCUGCGGCUUGCUCGGGGCAGCAGGCGGAGGGCUGGACGUUGGUGUUCGACAACAACUCGGGCACCUACGCGCCGGCCUCCAGCCAGCUGCCGUACCUGGCCGCCCUGCUGCGCUUCAACUUCCCCGGCCUGCGCGUGGAGGUGGUGGACAGCCUGGCCUGCAAGCACGUGCUGGCGGCGCUGCACCGCCGCGUGCCCAGCCGCUGCCCACCCGCCACACCGGCCAAGAAGUGAUGGGGUGGUUGGUGAUGCGGUAUGCGCGUUGCGUGGGCGUUGGGGUGCUGGUUUUGGGGCGUUGGGUGCGUUUAGCGCGCGACGGGUACUGGGCGAAUUUAAGCCGACCUGUUGAUCCGGACUUGGUGGUGCGGAAGGUCCGCAAGCUUGAGGGUGUGAAAUGCGCCGGUGUUGAGGCACUUGCGGUGUGCACAGACAGCGCACGCAAGGACAUGGGUGCUUUUGUGGUCCUGUGGGCAAGUCCCUCCACGGUUGGGCAUUACCGGCAUUCACAGGGGCAACUGAGGAAUCUUGCUUGGUAGGUGCAAGGAAAGACCUGCUCACGUUUUGGUGCGUUCCACCACCCGUCCCGUGCCCCGGGAUUAUAUCGAAGAUGCUUGAAGGAAACGGGAUGCGCACAAUGCCAGAGUAGGUUGCACCAUUUCCCAAACUUGAAUACUUGAUAAUAGCGCGCGGUGCAUGUUUGUAGUUGAAUAUGCGCAUGUAUUCAUAACCUGCAUUCUGCAUGAGUGCGGACGUCAUCCGAGCGGGGUCUCAUGCCCGGAGGGCCAGGACCAAGAAGGAGGGGGAAGGAGGGCUAGCGAAGGGUGGGGCAUUCAAGAUCCGUGCCAGCAACUGCACCGUCCACCAAAUGGCGCAUUGAAUUGUUUCACCUUACAACGGAC